AUGAUUCUUCCCGCCUUACUUCUACUGCCAGCGUUUAUCGUUCCAGUCUUUGGAGACAUCUUCUUCAAUCCUGCACCUCAGAUAUUCUUCCCUAAUCCUGAUGAUGCGCUUCACCCCGAAUGGUCAGAUCGACAAGCUGCCUUGAAUGCUCAUAACGAUGUAGGCGGCUGUGGUGGUGUGUGCGUGCUUACACCUGAGGUGAUGGAGGGCCCGUUUUAUCUUGAUUACCAUCUUGAUCGAUCUAACAUAACCGAAACUACUUUGGGUGUACCACUAUCACUCACUUUAACAUUAUAUCAAAUCUCAUCUCAUCUUUCCAGUUCUGAUCUAUCUCAUACGUCUUGUGAACCUUUGAAAGACGCUUGGGUCGAUAUUUGGUCAUGUGACAAUGAAGGUGUUUACUCUGGAUACGGGAAAGCCGCUGAAGGACCCCCUGGUGAUUGGCCUCCCCCUCCUCCCGGUGGACCCGGUGGUCCCGGUGGUCCAGGACGACCUCCGCAUAAAGGCCCUCAUGGACCUGGUGGGCAUGCUGAACCUAGCAAUAACUCAACAUUCCUUAGAGGUAUUCAACAGACUGAUCAUCGCGGAAAAGUAACAUUUGAUACUAUUUAUCCAGGUUGGUAUCCCGGUAGAACAGUUCACAUUCAUCUCAAGGUCCACCCUCCGCUUUGGGCAGAGGGAAUUCACGAUGCCAACCUGUUGAAUUCCACACAUACACACACUACACAGCUAUUCUUGGAGCAAAGUGCCAAUGAUCAAGUUUCAAAGCAUCCUGCAUACAGCUCGAAUGUUGCUAAAAGAGUGAAAAACGACCAAGACAUGUUAUAUCGUGAUAUGAACGGGGCUAGCGUGUUGAAGUCUGGGCUUGUAGGAGAGGGAUUGGAUGAUGGAAUCUGGGCUGAAGGAGCUAUUGGCAUUGAUAGAUGGUGGUAA